GGUGAUGGCCUGCCAAAUGCUAGCAAUGCCGUCAAAGUGAAGAAAAAGGAGCUGGCAACGUGGAGCCACCAUGGAGGAGAACAGGUGGUUUUUGAACAUCAUUCAGGAUGACUUCAUGAAUGGGAAGAUUGAUUUAGAUAGCACCAUUAAACUACUUGAAAAACUGCACAUGCCUUUUAAUCUCGCCCAUGUGAAACAUGUUUUCAAGAAAACAGUCGACAAGCGGAAGAUACAUACUAUUAACAUGGAAGACUUCAGAGCAAUUUAUCGAGCUAUUGUACACAGAAAUGAAUUUCAUGAAAUUUUCUGUGCUUACUCUCAAAACCGCAAAUAUCUUGCUGACACCGAGCUCACUGAAUUUCUCAAAAAAGAACAAUUUAAAACUGAAGAUGCUGAAACAACUGCCUUAGAAGUUAUUUUGAAGUAUGAACCCAUUGAUGAAGUUAGGAAAAGAAGACAAUUGUCAUUUGAAGGGUUUAUAAGGUACAUGAGUUCAGAAGAUUGUACAGUAUUCAAAAAAGAGCACCGGACCGUCUACCAAGAUAUGAACCACCCGUUAUGUGACUAUUUUAUUUCAUCUUCUCACAAUACCUACUUGGUAUCUGACCAGCUAAUAGGACCCAGCGAUUUAAAUGGAUAUAUCAGUGCUCUGUUAAAAGGAUGUCGUUGUCUGGAAAUUGACUGCUGGGAUGGCUCAAACAAUGAUCCUGUUGUGUAUCAUGGUCACACCUUAACAAGCAAACUUACAUUUUGUUCUGUAAUUCACGCAGUAGACAAGUAUGCUUUUGCGGCAUCUGAUUAUCCAGUUGUGCUGUCUUUGGAGAAUCACUGCAGCCCUAAGCAACAAGAAAGGAUGGCAGAAUAUUUACUAACUAUUCUAGGUGAUAAACUUCUUACUUCAACAAUUGGUGACAUAGCGGUGACUCAACUACCUUCUCCUGAGGUAAUAAUUUUUUUUUUUUAA